AUGACUGAAAUUAUUAAUGCCCUUGUGUACGACCUCCUCAAAUUGAAUCAACGCAACCAAAUACAAGCAGAAGUACAAUCUCCACCUUACAGUAGCUCAUAUACGACAAUCUGAAAGUCCAUCUCCAACCACUAUUCCUCAAAUUGCAAUUGCAAAGCAGAUCAGAAUAUAUCUUAGUAUCUAUCCUCUAUAAUUUCAUUCAGCUUUGUUAACGUCUGCAUUUACUUGAAUUGCCUCCCUUUCAGGUGAUCUCGGAAACCCAAAACGAAAACAUCUACUUGUUUUUAGAAGGCAAGUUGGUCCUCGAUUCCUCUGAACAAGAAGACCUCGAUUCCUUCGAAUCCAAUGUCCAAUACGUCAAGAAGAACAAACUCUUAUUCCAAAGACAAUUAAAUCAUGGAUACAUCGCUGAAAAACGAUACCUUUAAAAAAUUGUAAAAUCAUCAUAUCCUAUCCCCUCCAGUUCUCUCUCGAGCACUCCAAAUUAUUAUACGUCACCAAAUAAUCCCAAUCCCUCCUCUUCCUCAAACACGAAUAAUUCAUCAGAUAAAAACGCACGUUCUUUCUCAAGUUGUUUGAACCUACAAACUAAACCGAAAAAUAGCAAAUACAUACUUUAGCUGACUCCUUACUCCUACAGCAAUUUGAGGAAAAUGAAACGAUAAUUACAAUAUAUCAACCAACAGAAUCCAUGUUUCUUGUCUACUUGGGCCAAGUAAAUUUGGAAACUAAGCGUAAUAUCAUGUGUACUUGUUCGAUUUUUGAUUCAUUUAAUGAGGAUUGUACUAUGGCACCUUACACAGCAAGAGUCAAGUAAUAAGCACAUAUUUUUGAAAUCCAAAAAUCACAACUAAUGCAAUUACCAGCCAAGGCCCAGUCUAUUAUUGAAGAAAGAUUAAAAAUGAAAACGAGUCUGAAAAAAUCUCUUUUAGACCAUCAUAUCAUUGAUCUUUAGGUACCUGAAAUAAUGAAGUCUGUUAAAUAUGAUAAAUUGACUCCAAAACGUAAAAAAUAAUAAAGCUUAACAAGCAUAACAACUACGAGAACCAGUUUCAAAAAAUUACACACUGAGACAUUUUUGUUAAAUAAUACUAAUUUGACUUCUUAAAAUAGUAUUAUCAAACAAGAUGCUGAUAUUUUGAUGCUUCCGCUCAAAUACCAUAGACAUAUGACGAGUAGAAUUAAACUGAACAAAUUUUUAAAUUGA